AGGCUUGCGUUUGUCAAAACGGCGGGAGUAAAGUGACAAAACAAAAUUCGCAACCGCCCCAGAUAUCCCAAUCCAACCCGGUGUCCAUCCAAGGAAGAAGCCAGAAGCAAACACAAGUGAGAGGGCGACAGCGUGACAGCGGCAGCAACGCACAGGUGCACACGCCCUUUCCUCGUCAAACCUCACCACGUGAACCUCUACACAAAAGUUGAGGGCUGGCUGCGCCAGAGGUGAAGCUUCAUACGGACCAGUAAUUCGUUUCACAAACCAAGGAGGAGCAGAGUAAAACAUGUCGGAAGAAGCAGAUCCAAAAAUAGAGUCCAGUGGUAUGCAGGCACUUGAGAGUGAUGAGAACUGUUCCGAUUCCUUGCUCGGAGCUGCAGGGGAAGAGAUGGCGGCCGAGGACGCCAACCAAGAAAGCGAGUUAGACGACGAUUUUGUCUCGAAGAUCGCCAAGCAGCUUGUGAGUGACGCCCCGAAUGACAGGGACAACCUCGCAUCCAUCGGUGUCAGCGUCGAGGAGGAGGCAAUGGAAAUUGGCAAAGGACAGAUACAAGAUCCCGAUGUAGCACAAGCUCCCAUUCCUGAAGCAGAAGAGCACCAGACCUCGCAGAGACAGUGCACUCCUCGAACAGUUCUUCAGAGGGGAGCUGUGGAAACACAAGCCCUGCCCGGAGCAUACCCAGUGUACAGCAGCCUACAUCUAGACACCCCACACAAUGACAAUCAUGAACAAAAUGAGCGGUCGUGGGCCGAGGAUACGUCACUUGCACCACCUCAAUCUCAAGGUACUAGUGACAUGACAAUUAGUCGAACUCCUUUGCAAGGAUUUGUGGUCGCGCCGGCAAGAUCUGGUCACAACGAGCGUGAUGUAGCUGCAUUAGAGGAGGGACAGCAGGUUGAAGCCAGACCUGGGGAAGCACAGCAAGCAUCCCGUUUCCAACCCCCUUUGAUUGAAGGAGUAGUAGAGCCAUCCCAAACGUUCAGCUGGAAAAAAGCCCUUAUGGCUGCAGGAAGCUUGUGUAUGGUGGGUAUUAUUGUGGUUUUGGCUUUGGGUUUGGCAGGUACAUUUGAUUCCAAACAGGAGAUCCCGAUGGAGAUGGCACCCUCAUCGGACAAACCUAAGCAAUCGGUUCUCCAAAGAGUGAAAGAGCGUGGCUAUCUAAAAUGUGCCAUUGUAUACUUCCAUGACGCUUUGAAUGGCUUCAACAUGGAUUUGUGCAAGGCAGUUGCCGAAGCCAUUCUAGGUGAUUCAGCCCAAGUGAAUCAUGAGGGCGCCGCAUCCAAUGACACAGUGUUUCUACAAGUCAGCGACGGAAUAUUUGACAUUAUAGUCAGAGGCAUUACACACAAGAUGCAACGACAAGUGGCGGGGCCAACAGGUGGAAUCGGACUGUCAUUUUCAACACCCUAUCUCUAUGAUUGUAUGAGGUUAGUAGGGGAUCCUUUCUAUCUCAAGUGCGCAGAAGAUGGGUUUCAGCAUCUUGGAAACUGUAGUGAUAUCAGGAUCUGCGUCUGGGGUGACACAUCACAUUCAAGAGUUCUGGGAAAAAAUAUUCCUAACAAGUUCAUUGUUCCAAAGAGAGCCAUGGCAGCUAUUCACGGUGGCCUAGCGGAUGGUAGCUGCAAUGUUGCUGCAUUUGAAGGCAUUUUCGUUCUUGAGGAGUAUGCCCGUGAAGCUGGAUAUGUAGGUGACUAUGAGAUUGGCACUCAAUGCUUUUCAAAGGAGCCCCUUGCCCUGGUGAUGGGGCAAAGUGAUCCCGAAUUCACUGCUUUUGCCAACAGUGUCCUACAAGCAUUAUUUGCAGCUGAACAGCACAACAUCACACAAGCAGAAGCUGACCUGAUGCCUCAGACAAGUGUGUUCGGGGAACAGUAUGAGGACAUGUUUCGUUGGGCUAUUCGAGCUGCAGGCAACUUUGGUGAGAUCUAUGAACGACACUUUGCUUUGACCCUUCCCCGUGGCAGUCUGAAUUCCAUCAACAAUGGUGCGUCUGGCUUGCUCUAUUCACAUCCCUUUGGCAUCAUAGACUACCAGAGGGAUCAAAGCACUUUUGGAACCACAAUGGCUGCUAUCCUUGACAGAGGAGUGGUGCACUGUGGAGUGAGGUAUUCUCGUCCAGGAUUUGCAACAACGACGAAGGAGAAGAAUGCACCACUGGGGGUGGAUGUGGACUAUUGCCGUGCCAUUGCAGCUGGCUUGUUCAGUGGUCCAAAUCGCGUUGUACUUGUUGAGUUGACUAAUUCCACUGAUGCCUUUGCCAAACUUGCCAGUGGUGAGGUGGAUGUUGUCGCUGGUGCUACAUGGAAACUGGAAAACGUUCGGGACCCUAAGACUGGAGUUGUGUACUCCUUUUCCAAACCAUACUUUUAUGGGUCAGGUGGUGAUGUGCAAGAAGAAAACUACUGCCUUGCUACAGUUGGUGAUGACCAUGAUUGGUCCGCAUUUGUUUACUGGAUUGUGGAGGCAAUCACAUUUGCAGAAGAGGAAGGCAUAAACAGUACAACAUCAGUCCGAAUGCCAGAGGUCCUCCUCUAUGGACCCUCCAUGAAGCGAAUGUUCCGCGAUGCCAUUCUUGCAGUUGGCAGUUAUGCAGAGAUAUAUGAGAGAAACCUUCAGACCUUGAUCCCCCGAGAUGGACGAAACAUGUUGAAUCCAGGCUUGAAUGGACCUCAGCACUAUGUGCUCCCUGGAAUCAUCUGAGAUAGCCGAAGUGGUAGUGGCCUAACAGGAGCACAAGCUGCAAUUUGCUCAGUAUCGCGGAGAAAACGUUUUAGCCUGCUCCAGUUGGAAUUAUAGUGAAGUGUUCUUUUGAGUUUGAGGCUCCCUUUGAAGAUGACAGCUAGACACCCAAGAGGUGGUCGGGACGUCCGCAAUACGUGCCAUUCUUCCUAGUGUUGGUACUCUGCUCAGAAGUGGUGCCUUGUCGGAGAUUCCUCUCUUCAACCACAGAUAUUGAAUCUCUUGCCUCGAUUCGCCUGUGCUUGUCAUCUUGAUGUUCUCACAUUCUCUGGAGUGAACAACGUUCUAGUAUCGACCUGACGAAUCCCCACUUUGUUGUGCUAGUGGUGCAUCGAAACGUAGCUGUCUCUCUGCUUCAGGAAUACGUCUUGCUCGUCUCAUCCAAGCUGAACGUAACAAUCGUCGGGGAUCCGAUGCGGAAGAGUCGAUCUUUCUCAGAUCCCUGCCCCUUGUCCUCUUUGAAUGUCAUCGUUUUUCCGGUCCUCUAAGCUCUUCUGUUCGUGUCGGCAGUGAGCAAUCCUCUUCAUGUUUCCGUGGUCGUGUGCCAUUCAGAACGUAUUGAUAGCAGAUGAGUGUCGCGAGAGGCAUCACAAUCUUUCUUCGAAAGCGCGAUGCCGGCUCAGCUCCUUCGUCCAGGACAAGUGAACGUACUCCACAGCUAGUUUCAGUGUGUCGAGACUGAUUGAACAACCCAAGGCCUGGGCGAGUGGCUGAGGGGGGGGCUGAUCACACAGGCUCUGCAAUGACGCCCGGUUUUUAUCGUGCGUCCACCAGGCGCCAGUAGCCGUGUGCCUCCACUGAACAUUCGUUUACUCCUUGAUUCCCGGCUUAGAAUGGUUGAUUCAUCGAAGCCAAUCCAUCGUUCGUGCAUGGUGCUAUUUCACAGGAGGACUUGCCGUUGGAAUACCAAUAACGCACUCUACAAUGAGCAGGAGACGACUUGAAACAGACGAUCUCACCAGACCCCAGGCGACCCCUCUAUAGCUAGUGGUUUCUUGUUUACUCAGGGGGUUUAGAGUAAGUGGUUUCUUGUUUCAGCGCUUGAAGCUAGCGUUGGUUCCAAGAUAAGUCAAUUUGAUUCGACGUGCCCCGGUUGGAUCCGGGAAGCCUCUCCAAGAGCAUAAUACAUCCUGUGGCUUCAUCAAACAUAGGUCUGCGUGCUGCCCUAGUCUUGGACGCUAGUAGCGCAACCCGGCAAGCAGACAAAGGCAAUGUGUGUGAUAUCGGUAGCCUGUUUUCGGUCUGUAACAUCACGUUUGCCGGGUUAACCCUGGGUGUGCGGUCUUGCCCGGUCGCAUCGGGCCUUCGUUUUGUUAGUAACAAGAAAUCUCCACACGUAUUUGCGAGUUGGCGCCUUGAAUCGUUUUGGCAAACUUGUCCAGGUCUGGUUGGACAUUCGUCGAUUGAAAAUUCUCGAAACGUACUUUGCGGACAGAAAAGUAUCCGGAAACAAUGAGGAUGUCCUUGAUGUUGGUCAGCGUAAGGGUAUUAGCCACAUUGAUGGAUUCAGCUUUGUCUGCAAUGAGUGCAGCUAGCCCAAUAAAAGGAAGGUGCCGGUGUUGAAAGCGCUGAUGUUGAAGGUGCUGGUGUCGCUGCUCCGUCCUUGCCUCCACCAGAAAUCACUGUUGGAAAUGAGAUGGACGUUGUUGACUCUCCAGCAAGCAAUUUUAGGGGAAUGAGUGGAUUUCCAGAAUCGCCACAGAAUCUCCACCGAUCAAACUCGAAUACAACAGCAUUGGGGCAAAGUGAUUCUGCACCUGGCGUGUUUGAGGAUGCUCCAUCUGAGUCUGAGCCCGGAACAACCGGAAGGUGCUUCUACGACCACUGAAGGCACUCCAGAAUCUGAGCCUGCCGCCACUGAGGGCACUUCAGAGUCUGUGAGUGCUCACAUCUGAAGGUGCUCCAUCUGAGUUGGAGCCUGUCACAACCGAGGAUAAUUCUGCCACAACAGAAAAUUCUUGACUUCAUCAGAACCUGAGCCCGAGCUUGAAACAAAUGAGGGUGAUCCAUCUAGUUUGGUACUCCUGUGAAUUUUCCUUCGUCAGAGUCAGAGCUUGUCCUAGCUAGCUGACGGAGUUCCAUCAGAUGCGGUUCCAUCAGAUGCGGAGCCUGGCUACGUAGCCUGAGCGAAGUGGAACUUCUUAAUAUGAAUGGGGAGUUACUAUGGAUUAGAGAGAGCUAAGAUGAGGAUGGGGACAGAGCUCGAGGGGAGGGCACGAUGCAUGAACACAAGGCAAGCAAUCAAGUGCGCAAGCAGGGCAACAUGGAAACCAAGGAAAGGGGUGAAGGCAGGAGGGCAGGGAGGAGCAAAGGAGCAAGACUAGCCGAAGAGAUCAAGGGCACCACAGUCAUCCCAACUUCUUUGGUCAACCCUGCUAUCUAGCUAGCCUGUUGCCAUGUUGCCAUUGAGACCAUUGAGAUUGAUUCAUGAAUCGAAUCAUUCAUGGCUGGCUUCCGUAGAUAAGCUACAGUACCUAGUACUAGCUACUACUAGCUAGCUAGUACAGCUAGACUACUCUAACCCCCCCCCUUCUCUCUUCAAGAAACAAGAAGAAAACAAAAGUGCCUGCGCCGUU